AUGAUUCAGCAGAACAUUUUUACUUUUGCGUUUUGGCAGCCACCAGCCUGUACCUGUAUGUCCGCAAGCCCGAAUUCGCCACUUAAGGUUACUUCAGAUGGAACCGGGGAUAUACGAGAUGGACUUGAGCGAGUGCACUUGACUUCAUCAGACAGUGGAGGGGGCGGUUCAAUCACCGGAAAUCCCAAGGACAGUAACUCGUUGGUCCAAAAAGUACCCAUUCCCUUUUCAGUGGGUGGCAAUUCAACAGGUUUUGCAGUAGGAGAAAUCGAUAAAGUACCAUCUACUGAACGUCUCAUAGGGGAUGGUGGUUCUCCCUUACCUGAUAGCACUGUAAUGCUUUUAAAACUGCACAGCCGAUUAGGUCGUAUUCUACAAGAAGCCUGCGACCUCCACAAGCAAAUCGGUCAUCUCCUAACUGCCACCGCGAUUGGACAGCAACCAUCAUGA